AUGACUUCUGCACAGGACGGAAUACACAGCAUCUACAACCUACAUGCCCUCAACGGGAACGCUUAUGGAGGCGGCGACCAAGAAAUCAAAUCAGACGUCUCGGAUGUUGGGGAAGAUCCCAACCGACGACGGAGAAAGAAGAGCAGAUCUCACAAUUACAACUCUGGCGCACCGACUCCCUAUGUACCAUACCAAGACGCAGUGUACUACACCGGCGGCAACAAUGGCAACAAUGGAAACAACAACAGCAACGGCUACAACGACAAUGACUACCCGCCAAACAUGUACUCGCCACGCCGCGAGCGCUACUCUUCCCGCUACUACGAGCCCAAUGAGAGAUAUGACCAACAAUUGGGCAGACGCGGUAGCCGCUGGUCCGACGAGAAUGAAGGUCUAGCCGGCAGAGAAGACCCCUGGGACCCCGAUAGCAAUCAGCGAGUCGACUCCAAAAGCCGCGGAAGGGGUCGUUCCGGCAAUGAAAACAAUCAGGAAGUCUACAUUCCCAUGCAAUCUAUGCCUCUGACCAGCGGUAGCCUUGGUGGCAGGAGACAGAGGGCAGAUUACUACGACGAAUUCUAUGACUACCAACCUAGAAGGAGAAAUACGCAGCGUCAUCGAAGACGAGCGUCCGAGGAUGAAGAUGAAGAAGGCCAAGAAACAGAAUAUAGAGAAAGAAGAACCGACAGGAAUGCAGACGAACAGCAGAACAAUCGAGGUCAACGAGCCCAAAGUGAAAGCAACGAUCGAAGGAGAACUUCCCAGCGUUCUCGCUCGGGAUCGCGUCGGAGAGAUGAUUACCCGCCGGGAGAAGAUCCAUAUAAACCUUCUGAAGCGUACACCAUUCUCAAAGCGGCGAAAGCAGCUGCUUGGCCCGCUGCCAUUGAGGCCUGGCGAUGUCGCAAAGAACCCGGCCCCUGGACAGGCCAAAAAGGUCGUCGAAUCAUCAUCGCAUCCUGCACAGGCGUUGCAAUUGGUGCGUUGCGAAACGGGAGGCUUUUGGAUGCAGGCAAGAAACCUUAUGCCGAAGCCGCCAUGACGGGCUUCUACGGGAUCGACUUUUUGAAACGUGUGGCGGCGCACACGGAGGUGGGUAAAGGGGCGCUGAGGGAACAGAGGGAGUGGAGGGAGGAGAGAGAGGGGAAGGCGCCUUGGCAGAGACAGGAGGAGGGGAGGCAGCAGGUUGGGAGGGAUGCGGAGGGGAGGGAGAGAUAUUCCAAGUAA